CCCGCCAGCUAGGAUCUGACCCGCGCGCUGUCCAGGGAGCCUAGCAGGCUGUUUGCUCUGGGCCUCCGCCUCCACGCUUGCAGGUAUUUGCGGAUUCCGACCUCCUGCCGGGGAGGUCACCCAGCAGUGACGUCUGCCGGGCCGUAGCCGUCGCCUUUUCCUGCAUCGCCAGGCUCCGCCCGGCCUCUGAGUCGAAUGUCGUGCUCCUGCGUGCAUCGCAGUUGGAUGGAAACAACCCCCUCACAGCAGUUUUAGACGUUGGCCUGCAGAAGAUGCACUUUCAGUGCUUUUCUAAGGUGUAUGUGAGAAUGAUGUGCACUGCUAAAAAAUGUGGAAUUAGAUUCCAGCCUCCAGCUAUUAUCUUAAUCUAUGAGCAUGAAACCAAGGGGAAAAGUCGCCAGCGCAUCAUGCCAGUCCGCAAUUUUUCAAAGUAUUCAGAUUGCAACAGAGCUGCAGAACAAUUAAAGAAUAACCCCAGGCACAAGAGUUACCUGGAACAAGUAUCUCUACGGCAGCUAGAGAAAUUAUUUGGUUUUUUACGUGGUUACUUGUGGGGGCAGAGUUUGGCAGAAACAAUGGAACAGAUUAAACGGGAAACAACCAUUGAUCCUGAGGAAGACCUGAACAAACUAGAUGACAAGGAACUUGCCAAACGGAAGAGCAUCAUGGAUGAACUUUUUGAGAAAAAUCAGAAGAAGAAAGAUGACCCAAAUUUUGUUUAUGACAUAGAAGUUGAGUUUCCACAGGAUGAACAGCUGCAGUCCUGUGGCUGGGACACAGAGUCAGCUGAUGAAUUCUAAUAUUAAACCUAAAAGAAUUUAUUAGGCUACAGAAAAUCCGUGUUUAUAUAAAGAAUGUAGAUUGUUUCUAGCAAAAUCUAUGAAGAACACUAAUAUGUAGGUAUUGGGUCAUAGUUGGAUUGACUGGUACUUUUCUGAAUGACACAUUUAGAGCAUCUACUAUGUAGGUGCAUGAGGAAUAGAGGAAAUAUAGAAUAUAGUGAUCUGCCUUUAAAGAGUUAUAAUCUAACUGAAAGAUAAGUAAAAAACUUGUGAAAAGUUAAUUAACAGUAUUAGGCCAUCAAAACAUGAGGACCAAGUGACUGAUGAAGACUAAAUAGAGUCAGUCUCUAGAUUGCUGUAGGGUAGAAAAGUCAGGGAAAGCGAUCCUUUAGUAAAGAGGUGGGACUUUGCCUGUAUUGGAUAGAAACCCAGUAUAGGAAAAGGAAGGGCAAAGGGAGGUAUGGGGAGAAUUAAUGAAGAGAUAGGAAGUAGAAGUUUUUAUUUAAGGAACAGUAAGCAAAUUGUAGUUUGACAAGAUUGUAACCAGGGAUUAUCCUAUUUGCAUUAUGUCUUUAUAUGUAUUUAACUCUGUUUAAUAUGUAUUUAAUACUCAGAAUACUCUUACAGAAUGUUCUGGAGCUGCAAAUGAGUGCCAUUCGAUGGACAGCAAGGGAAUUUGUCUUUCUGGUAUCAGGAAAUAUAUACUAAAGAUAUUCUGAAAUCCUGACCCUCUUCCUAUAUAUAAGAAGUUGAUUUGUAAAAUCGGAAAUCUAUCCAUAAUAUAUGAACAAUAGUUACUGCCAGUUUAGGCCUAUUCAUGAGUUUAGAUCUACAAAGAGAAGGUCAUUGUUGAAAAAAGUUGUGUGUGUACAAAUGCCUCUUUUGUCUUGUUAGAAUAUUAUUUACUUGGUAGAAAUCCUGUGUUUUCUAAAAGGAAAUAAAUACUGAUUAAAUGAAACUGCAAAAAUAAUUACUUUCUGCCUAUCUUUACUCUUUAUAAUUAAAAGUUCUAUUAAAGGGGUUAUUAUUAUAGUGAUAUUACCAGGGAUUUAAGAUGCUCAUGUCUCACAUGUAUAUUUGCCAAGGUAGCAAAGGAAUUUUUAGAAUUUGAGAUCCCUUCAUCUCUACAUAAGUGUUCUAUUAUGUAGAUAUAGAUGAUGUAUUUUAAAAGUUGACCUUAGAUGGUUUUCCCCUUUCACUAUUACAAACUGCUAUUGCAAAUAAACUUGU